AUGUGGCAAAUUCUUCACCACCAACUCCAACCUGGUGGCCCACCAGAGGAUCCACACCGGGGAAAAGCCUUUCUCCUGCUCAGAGUGUGGAAAAUGCUUCACGAGCAGCUCGGACCUGGUCAAGCACAAGAUCAUUCACACCGGGGAGAAGCCCUUUCCGUGCUCCUCGUGCGGGAAAUGUUUCACUAA